GAUGGAGGCGAGGCGGAUCUCGGCGAGCCCGCGGCCGUGCAACGGCCGGCGGGUGGUGGCCAGGAAGCGGCCCAGGCACGAGGCGCCCGUCAGCAGCGUCAGGAAGCUCCAGCGCAGGGAGAUCAGCUCGCGACGCGACCGCUCCUUCGCCAUGAACUCCGCGCACGAGCGAUUCCGCAACAUUCAGCUGCAGGAAGAGUUCGACACUCAUGAUCCCAAGGAGAACAGUUCGCUACUACCCUACGUGAGGAAAAGGUCUAAAAUUAUCGAGAUAGUUGCAGCAAAAGAUAUAGUUUUCGCUUUAUCACAGUCAGGAGUAUGCGCUGCUUUUAGUAGAGUGACAAAUAAGAGAAUAUGCUUUCUGAACGGGAGUCCUGAUGAGGUUGUUCGUAGUUUGUUCUACAACAAGAACAAUGAUUCACUCAUUACUGUGUCAGUAUAUGGCUCUGAAAAUUUCAGUGCCCUGCGAUGCAAGACAACUCGCAUAGAGUAUAUACGCCGUGGAAAGCCAGAUGCUGGUUAUCCUCUCUUUGAGACAGAGUCCUUGAAAUGGCCUGGAUUUGUGGAGUUUGAUGAUGUUAAUGGGAAGGUUUUAACCUAUUCUGCUCAAGACAGCACUUACAAGGUGUUCGACUUGAAAAACUACACAUUGCUGUAUUCCAUAUCUGACAAGAAUGUUCAAGAAAUAAAGAUAAGUCCUGGCAUAAUGCUAUUGAUUUAUACAAGAACAAGCAGCUCUAUUCCUCUGAAGAUUCUUUCUAUUGAGGAUGGUACAGUUCUGAAGUUCUUCAACCACCUUCUCCAUCGGAAUAAGAAGGUGGAUUUCAUUGAACAAUUCAAUGAAAAGCUCUUGGUCAAGCAGGAUGGGGAGAAUCUUCAAAUACUUGAUGUACGGAACUUCCAGUUGACUGAAGUGAGCAGUACUGAGUUCAUGACUCCAUCUGCCUUCAUCUUUCUGUAUGAACUCCAGUUAUUUUUGACUUUCCGGAAUCGAUCUGUGGCAGUUUGGAAUUUCCGUGGUGAACUAGUAACAUCAUUUGAGGAUCACCUGUUGUGGCACCCUGACUGCAAUACCAAUAACAUAUACAUAACUAGUGAUCAAGAUCUUAUUAUUUCUUACUGCAAGGCUGAUUCCAGUGAUUCAUCUUCAGAAGAAAAUGCUGGCUCUAUAAACAUCAGCAACAUACUGACAGGGAAAUGCUUGGCCAAAAUAAAGGCUGGGGACUUCAGCAAGCAAAAGAAGACGUGGAAGUUCCAGAGUACAAUCACAGAAGCUCUUGAGGACAUCACAGCUCUGUACUAUGAUGAAGAGCGUGAUGAGAUCUACACGGGCAACCGUCAUGGCCUUGUUCAUGUUUGGGCAAAUUGAGAGCUGAAACAGCAGAUUUUAGGGACAAGGUGUUGCUCAUUUGCAACCAGAUCAUUUAACAACAAAACCUCAGGUGGUGCUGACCAUGAAGAGGUCUCAAGUCUCCAGUCAUUAGACAUUUAUUCAUGUGAAUUGUGGUGUCCAGCCGUUCUUGUUGUAGAGUUAGAACCUGUGGUGUGUUGUACCCUGUAGUGAGCUCUCAAGCUGAAAUAGAUUUCAUAGUGAGCUCUCAAGCUGUAUGUACCUUCCUGGUAGUUAACUCUGCUACCUGAAAUAGUGAAUCUCAUUCUGUCAAUGAGUUUGGUGUAGGUUGCUCUGGACAAGUAUAACGAAGGGAGGGACACAUUGUAAAAGAGAUACAUUAUCUUAUAAUCAAAAAGACAUCCUGUUAGGCUGUUA